CUUGUUUUUUUUUUUUUGACUCUCGUCUUUUCAUUCAUCGCUUUUUCUCAUUGCUCGCCAUAAAUGUCGUUUGUCGACAAGAUGAAGCGCGGGCUGGCGACCGCGGUGGACAAGAUUCCCGGAUCGCCUGGUGGCGGCGGGGUUGGCUUUGGCACGGGCGGUGGUCCGCCUCGCAUGAGCAGCGAGCACUCGCAGUCCCGCUCGCAGCUGUCUCAGUCGCAGUCUGCAGACUCUGAGCACUCCCAGGCGACCAAGUCUGCCAUGGUCGCAGCACAGGUCUCGAUGGAGCGCAAGGCCCGCGCCCCGACGGUGGACGACGAAGCGCUCAUCGCCAAGCUUCCGCCAGUGUUUUUCGAGAAAAACUUUGACGCUGUCAAGCACAUUGCCACAAACCUGCCGGAAAACCUCAACACGCAGGUCAUCCAGGCGCAAAAGGACGAGCUCUUCCGCUGCUUGCAAAUCUACUCGUCGCGCCUCUCCACCCUCGUCAUGGACAACCACAAGUCGUUCGUGCAAGAGCUGCACCGCGUGUCGGAGCUCCAGAAGGAGCUCGCGCUCACAACCUACAUUUGCCGCACGGGCCGCCGCAACCUCUCCCGCGCCAGCGAUGGCGUCAACAAGAGCGGCCUGGAGGUGCUCGUCAAGCACCGCAAGCUGCACGCGCUCACCGGGUUGCUCAAGGCGCUUUCCGCUGUCCAAGGCAUGCAGAACGCCUUUGGCGAUCUCAACGUUGCCCUGGAGGCUUCCGACUUCCCCACCGCCAUCGAGCUGUGCCAAAAGAUGCAGCACACUGCCCAGACACACAAGCAGUUUACGUGUGUUGCCGACAUGUCCUACCGACUGAAGGACACCUACGAGCAGAUUGAGGAUCGUUUGGACGAAGCUUUGAAGAAGGUUGCCAACGACUUUGAUGUCCAGGCCUAUGAGAAGGUUCUCACGGCGUAUUCGCUUCUCGGCAAGUCGCAACGUGCCAUUGAUCAAGUUCAUAUUCAUUUUGCCGAGGCUGUUGCCGACCACUCGCAAGCCAUCGCCCUGCGAUACGCGCAACAAUCCGUUGGCUCGAACGCUACUUCCCGCCCCAUCAACAAGAUGUUGUUCAAAGAGCUGUGCUCGCUGUUGGAGGUCGAGAAAGCGUACUUGCCAUGCCUGGUCGAUCUGUGCACGGCCAUGUGCAAUCUCAUGUACAAUUACCACUCGAUUGCAAAGUGGCACACCCGCCACCAGUUCCAGCUGGCACCCGCGAAUGGCUCUGUCGCUCCCGAGGCUAGUUCGGCAGCAGCAGCAGCAGCCGCAACAGGUGCACCUGUCAUUGCGACCGCCACGCUCGACGGCUCGAACGCUGCCAACCCACCACCGCUCGGAGGAGCGUCUGCGAGCGCCGAUCGCCCCUCGUUUGGCAUCGAUCUCAAGAAAAAGCUCGAGCACGGUCGCAGGAGCAUGUGGGAGGACAUUCAGCGCAAGCUGUCUCUCUUUGUGCUUGCAAAGGACUUGUCUUCGUUCAAGUUUGAGUCCUUCAUCCAAGUGCUGGACAUUGUCAAUCGCCUCAUUGAGAUUGGCGACGGCUUUGGAGGUCAAGGCAGCUCGACCAGCCUCAAGGACAGUCUCAAGCAGAAGAGCGCGCUGUACUUUGGCAAGUUCCACCGCUCGCAGAUGGCCGAUCUUCGCGUCAUGCUCGAGCACGAGUCGUGGUUCCGUUGCCCGGUGCAUCCCUCCUUCUCGGCGCUCAAUCUCAAGGAGUUUUACUUUCUGCGCGCCAACGCCAUUCGCAAGCAAUCGGCACCCACGCACUCGACGGGGCUUGCUGGCUUGGAGUUUUUCGAAAACUACAGCACCAACGGCAAGACCAACCCGUUCGAGGCCGUUCUUCGUGACGCUGCGCGCCAGGCAGAGGACAUUGGCAUGGUCGAUCUCGAGGACGGCCAACAGCCCGACCCGACCGAUGCUCGCCGGCGCUCGACCGCGACAAAGCUCAAGACCGCCAAGAGCAAGGACGAAGACGACGAGGAUGAGCGCCUCAAGGGCGACUUUAUCGACGAGAACGACGGCUCCCCGCUGUCCCCUCCUUCCGGCAAGGUUCCGCCGUCGGCCACCGCAGCCAGUACCAUCUCGUCCACCUUGGCCGCCGCCAGCAGCAAUAGCCAAUCGCGCCCACGCACCGCAUCCUCUGCGAAAGACAUUGAAGAGGCGGGUCCGAUUGUCUCGCUGGCGACCUUGAACUACCUGCGCGUCAUUGGCCGCUACAUCCAGAUGAUGGAUGUUCUCAAGCCGAUCGUGUUUGAUGUCAUGGUGGGCAUGUCGCAAAUCUUUGACUACUACAUGUACUCGGUCUACCUUUUGUUUGGCGUGGAUACCAGCGGCAGCCUGCUCAACCAAAUCGCACAGACGCGUAUGUCUCCCAAGCUCAGGGCAACGCUGACACGUUUGCAACGCAUGGCAGACCGCACCGCGAACGGCCCUGGAAAUCCGGCGUUGCCUGGCCAACCAAGCGGUCCGGGACAACCAUCGCAGCCGGGCGCUCCUGGACAGCACCAUCCCGCCAAUGGCCCACAGAGUGCUGGACAACAGACAUCUGCUCAGACACCGCAGGGAACCCCUGUGCCUGCGCCGCAGCCUGGCGACUUUGAUGGCAUGCUGCGUGAGGGCGGAUUUACGCCUCCCAGCAUCCAGCCGCACGUCACUGAAGAGCUUGCCAAUGCUGCUACCCUGUUCGGCCUUCCCGAGCGCACAGUUGGCAUUGAGUCUUUGAUGUACCUUCAUUCCGUGCUGCAAAAGCUCAAGCCCAAGCUGCAAAGCACGAUUCCACAGGCACACUCGUCCUUCUUGACCCAGUUCUACGCCCAAACCGUCGACGUUGUGCCUGAUCUGCACAUUCUGGUCUAUCAGAACAUUGGUGGCCGUGUGAUUGAUUUUGGAAAGCUCCUGCGCAACAUUGAGGCGGUCAAGUGGGGAGACUUUAAGGACAUGCCACACGCACACAACAACUACAUUGACCAACUGGUCUCUUGGUUUUCCGCAUUCAGCAGCCGUCUGUCCGACCUGGGCCGAUCGCGCGUGCCGGCGGCCAGCCAGCGCCUGCUGUGGGAAGAGUUGCUUCUCAAAACCAUGGACGCCUUUGUCGAAGGCUUUGCUCGCGUCAAGCGCUGCUCGACCGAAGGCCGCGCGCUCAUGCAGCUGGAUUUCCGGACUUUCUUGCAGCUGAUUGAGCGCAUCACUGCCGUGCGCCCCAUUCCCAACACGCUCUACGUCGAGAACUACAUUCGCGCGUACUACCUCGCGAACGAGAAGGAAAUGGAGGAGUGGAUUCGCACGCACUUUGAGUACUCCAUUCCCCAAGUCGCCAGUCUUGUCAACUGCGCCAUUCUCCCAAAUCAAAACAAGAAGCUCAAGGCACGCUUCCUGACCAUGCUCGACGAGAUGGACAAGCGACGAUGAUUUGUAAUUAUUAUUUUUUCGUGCUUUUUUCGUGUGUUUGGCGUGACUCGCAGAUGUUUCGGUUGUUGGUUGAAACUCGCUGUGCCAUUUGUUUUUGUUUCCCCCCCCCCCAUGCUAUUUGAUCUGUCUUGAUCCGUUUCCCAAUUGUUCAUAUGCGCCGCACUGCAGCGGCUGUUAUUUUUGGCUGGUGUCUGAUGUUCCAAAUUGCAAUCUUGCACUUCCCAAA